UAUAACCUCAAUUUUAUAAAUAUUUAUAUAAUUAUUAUACUUUAAUAGCCAGAAAAAGAGAAAAAUAGCCUUUAAUAAUGUGAUCGAAGUAAAAACUGUAUCAAAAUUAGAGUCUUAAAAUGUCGUUUUAAUUAUAAAGUAUGUGUAAAACUGAUUGAAGUUCGAAGUAUCCGUAAACAUUUACAAUAUUUUUAUUAACAAUGCAAAACAUCAGACAACCAAGUAAAUAUGUUCGCCUUUUAUUCCAUGUUCAAAAGCUUGUCCAAUAUUCAUCGACCUUAACUUAUACAACUACAAUAGAUAGUAUUGAUCUAUUUGCUAAUGAAAUUUUUCUAAAACAAAAAUCCAAAGAGAGACCUCUUUUCAAAAACGAUUGUAAUUUGCGAUAUUUAAUGGGAAUAGAAGGUUCAAAGACGAUUGAUGUUAAGAACAUGACUGUUGAAGAAAUUGAAAAUGCUUUACGAGAUCUUCAAUCUAAGAAUAAAGAUAAACAACUUAUAGAAAUCAUUAAAGAUUGUUUUGAUAAGCGAAAAUUAUUACAUGACAAUUUGCUGAAGCAGCUCUUUAGACAUUACAGUUUAUCUGGAAAAGUAGAUGUAGUGAAAUUGCUUCAAAACUACUGUCGUACACUACAUCCGGACUUGUAUAACAGAAAUGGUGAAUUCCUUCAUUAUGUAGCUAAGGCUCAGUGCAUGAAAGGAAAUUCAGAAAAAGGUCUAUUAGUAUUAAAGCAAGCUUACACUCAAUAUAAAGGCCUUAGAAAUUUUUAUAGGAUUAUUUUCAGUGAACUUAUAUAUGAUUCUGUACAGAAUAGAUCGGAAGCAUCCAAUGUGAUAUUUAGGAAAUAUGUUUUGGACUUUAGUGAUACAUGGAAUGAAAAUUACCCGCUUAUAUGUUUUUGGCAUAUUUGUUGGUCAAGCUCAUGGUUUUCUGAUCAAAUGGCAUCUGAAAACCUAUUAGAGUCAAGUAAGGUGCUACAAGAUAUUGUAAAAGAGAAAGCUACAACAUUCAGUAUUAAUAUACUGCGGGACUACAAUGAAGAUGCUGUGAUAAGAUUGUUACAGAGUCUUCUUAAAUAUAAGAUGAUGGUUGAAUAUGCUAAUGUCUUACAAAUCUUAUUCUCGUACAAAUUAAAAAAUAGAGAUUUACGAGGAUGUACCGAAAUAAUAAGAAACUGUCAAACAUUAGGUAUAUCUCUUCCAUCCAAUCAGCAAGGCAAAUAUAUUAAAAUGCUUAUAGGUAUGCAGGUCCAGGAUAAACCGGAUAAUAACUCAAGACGACCAGAAUCCAAGAACUUUAAGCUGAAGUUUUAGUAUAUAUAUAAUUUUGUAUACAAUGUUUUAAAUAUGUAAAUAGUAUUUAGAAUAGUUGAUAUAAAAUAUUGAAAUUAA